UAAAGCUCCCCCUAAAGCUCCCCCUAAAGCACAACCUAAAGCAUCACCUAGAAGAGAAAGAAAGGAACCGAUGAAAAAGUCAUCGCCCCCACCAAAGGCUCCGGGUGCUGGAUCGGAAGGGAAGAUUAUUGCAGUAAUCGGAGCGGUCGUGGACGUCAAAUUCGAUGUUCACUUGCCGCUUAUUCUAAAUGCACUCGAAGUUCCAGGACGCAAACCGCGUCUGAUAUUGGAAGUCGCUCAACACUUAGGUGAUUCCACAUGUCGUACAAUAGCAAUGGACGGUACCGAAGGUCUGGUCCGUGGGCAGCCGGUUAUAGAUACGGGAGCUCCCAUUACAAUACCGGUUGGUGAGCCAACGUUGGGCAGGAUUAUAAAUGUUAUUGGUGAACCCAUUGACGAACGUGGUCCAAUCGAAACGGAUCAGUUCGCGCCGAUACACGCUGACGCUCCGCCAUUUGUAGAGAUGUCGGUGGAACAAGAAAUUCUCGUCACCGGAAUCAAAGUUGUCGAUUUACUCGCACCUUAUGUUAAAGGUGGUAAAAUCGGUUUAUUCGGUGGUGCCGGUGUCGGGAAGACGGUUCUGAUCAUGGAGCUAAUCAAUAACGUGGCGAAAGCGCAUGGCGGGUUCUCGGUGUUUGCCGGUGUCGGCGAAAGAACGCGCGAAGGUAACGAUCUGUACAAUGAAAUGAAAGUCGGUGGCGUUAUCACGGAUAGCUACAAAACUUCAAAGGUGGCAUUAGUGUACGGUCAGAUGAAUGAGCCGCCAGGCGCCAGAGCUCGAGUCGCCCUCACAGGACUGACCCUCGCAGAACACUUCCGCGAUAAAGAGGGACAGGACGUGUUGCUGUUUAUUGACAACAUAUUCCGUUUCACCCAAGCGGGGUCUGAGGUAUCAGCACUCCUCGGUCGUAUUCCGUCAGCAGUGGGCUACCAGCCCACACUGGCGACGGAUAUGGGUACGAUGCAAGAACGUAUCACCACGACGAAGACAGGUUCGAUUACAAGUGUACAAGCAGUAUACGUACCAGCGGAUGAUCUGACGGAUCCAGCUCCCGCGACGACAUUCGCCCACUUGGACGCAACGACAGUUUUAUCCCGAGCGAUCGCUGAACUGGGAGUGUACCCAGCCGUGGACCCUCUGGACUCGACAUCCAGAGUUAUGGAUCCUAAUAUCAUAGGACCAGAACAUUAUGGCGUGGCUCGAGGUGUUCAGAAGAUUUUGCAGGACUACAAGUCACUCCAGGAUAUCAUAGCCAUAUUGGGGAUGGACGAACUCUCGGAGGAUGACAAGUUGACAGUCGCACGGGCUAGGAAGAUACAGCGGUUCCUCUCGCAACCGUUCCAGGUGGCGGAGGUGUUCACCGGCCACGUCGGUAAGAUGGUGAAGCUGGAAGAAACUAUCAAGGGAUUUAAAAGGAUUCUAAAUGGAGAACUGGACCACAUACCGGAGGUAGCAUUUUAUAUGGUGGGGACGAUUGAAGAUGUGAUCGCCAAGUCGCAGUCUCUCGCUAAGAAUAUUUAAAUACAUAUAUUAUUCAAAAA